ACCGCGCUCAUCUUUAAAAACAAUGUUUUGAGUUUGUUUUGUUUUCUGUUUGUUCGUGAAGUUUUUCGUUCAAAUAUGGCAGAUAAUGAAUGGGAGUUAAGUAAGGAAAAUGUUCAACCAAUAAAACAGGGUCGUCGUAUGUCCAGUCUUAACGCAGGACUCCGCGGAAACGACGAACACAGAAUCCGGGAAGAAAAACAUGUUUUUGAAACUGAACUGCGAACAUAUGCUGGAGAUGACCCCAUUGAAGUUUGGUAUAAGUAUAUACUUUGGGCAGAGCAGACAUUUCCUAAAGGUGGCUCCGAGUCAGUUCUCACAAAAUUGUUGGAAAGAUGUGCUCGUCAAUUCAAUACUGAUGAAAGAUACAAGAAUGAUGAAAGAUACAUCUAUGUCUGGAUGAAAAUGGCUGAUAUUUGCAACGACCCACUGGAAAUCUACAAGUUCAUGUAUGACCAGAGCUUUGGUUGUGAAUUAGGCUGUUUUUAUGAGGGAUGGGCGUGUCUCCUGGAACAGCUGGGCAACUACAAGAAGGCUGAUGCUGUCUUCCAAAACGGCUUGCAGAAAAAUGCGCAACCAUACGAGCAGCUGAAAGCCAAACAUGAGCAGUUUCAGUCACGUGUUGCCCGACGGGUGGCCAGUGGUGCUGAGAUAGGGGCAGAGGAAGCCCAGGCCGAGGCUGCUGCCCCACACAGACAGGUGCUAUCUCAGCUGCGCACCCUUGGCAAGAAGAAACAGGCUCCAGUCUCUAGGGUGGGCUCUGCCAUACAGGGAAGUGCGGGUGUGUUGAGUGGUGCCCGUUCUAAAGGAUCAUCCAAGACCAGCAAUACAGGGAUCCAGAUCUUCUGUGAUGAGAACCAGCCCCCAGCCUUGCCCCCUCAGACUGCUCAGUAUGGCACCGCCCCUACGAGGGAAGUGGCCAACAAGGAAAAUGAGAAGAAAGCUGGCACCUGGGGAAAACAGAAGAUGGGGAAGCAGACAGUGAGUGUUCCCAUCUCUGAGGUGUCCUCAUACAAGCAGCUGCCUUUUGCUGUCCAUGUAGAUGAGGAUAACCAAAAUAUCAGGACACCUGCCAAAGUGCCAGACUGUGGAAAGCAAGUUCUAAGUUGUCGGAAGGAAGACAGUCGAAGCACCAGCCAGUACCUGCAGUCUAUGUCAUCAGGGCUGGGUACCGGGGAGGGCCCCAAGGAGCGACCUAUGUACUGCAAGGACAAGCUGUUCUGUGGGGUAGAGGAGUUCUCUCUUGAGGAACUGCGGGGCAUGGCUUGGAAACGGCGCCAGGAUAGGCUCCUACAGAAGCAGGAGGAUGAUCGAGUUAGAGAGCUGCGUGAGAAUUUGGAGGCGGAGCGUCGUCAGUUACAGGAUGAGGCUGAGCGUGUGAGGCAGCAGCGGCUCGCCCUCCAACAGGAAGAGCAGGCCCUGUAUAACGAGACAAAGCGGAAACGUCUCGAGAUGCAGCAACAGCUACAGAAAGACAGGGAGCUAGAGCUGCAGCGGCACCAGCAGGCCCUAUCAGACAGUAUUGAACAGAGAAUGCAGGAACAGCAGAUACGCCAGCAACAGGUGCCACAUACUACAGGCAGGACCUCAAGUUCUAGACACCUAGUGUUUGAGGACGGUUCCCACGGUAACACAGAAAAUAUCCAACCGUCCAUUCUCCCCCAACAGUUGUCUGCCAGUAAGAGGCCCUUUCAGGGGUCUGGCAGCCAGCUUGGUGUGAGGGACACUCUCCAACCCCCUGGAGAGACAGAGUUUAUGGGGACAAGUCGAACAUCAAACUCCUUCAGUAACACCAGCCAUCCACUGUCUGGAGAAAGCUUUAACAAGACCCUGAGUGGUCCUCCCUCGCCCACUGUUAACAUGAAGGAGGCCAUGCAGGUUGUGAUGGGAAUGUUCAAUGGCUCCCUAGAACUGAAUGACACCAACAUGGCGGCCAGUCUCCAGCCUCCACCUGCACAGCAAGCAGUACCCCCUGUAAGCAGUGGCCUGCCAUUCCAGAUAUAUGAGGAGAACCAGCCACAGGCCCCUCCCCCUCCCAGUCAGACACACCCACAACCCCCACCCCAAAUUCCACUGCCUUAUGCCAUAUACCAGGAUAAGGAAACAAGGUCUUUAAGCAGCCAUGGCAGUGUAUCACUGCGGAAACUACGGACAUCAGAGUCAUCUUCAUCUGGUCAGGAGUCCUCACACAGGGGACUGAGUGUGACAGGAGGUCUGUUUGAUGAUGACAUUGAGUUCCAUCAGCGAGAUGAUAUUACCCUGGCCCCACUCGGCUCUCACCAGAGCUUUGCCGAGGCUGCAAGGUUUGUGUCCACACCCUUCAACCCCAACUCCUCUGCUAGUGGGGCCCGGAAAACACCAAACCUGGAUGAGAGUGAAAUGGAGGUGCACGAGGAUGAUGCCCUGUCAAAUAUGAGUGGUAUAGAGUUCCACCCUGAUCCCCAGACUGCCCCACCCCUGGGCCAGGUACCCCCUCCUGCCCCUGGUUCAGAUGUACAAAACACAACUGCUGAAAACACCACAUCCAACUCAUUCAAGCAAAACAACCUCAGCCCCAUAAUGGAAGGUUCCUCAGAGGAUUCUGGAGCCAGCAGUAGACAGGGCACACUACACUACUCCAGUCACAGUUUACAUCACAAGGUCACACUCACUCCCGUCCCUGACCAGACUGAAAACACCAGCAUGCUGCUUGCCGCUUCUGACGGAAACAAUGAGUCUGUUCACCAAAUUGAUGUUUCAACGUACGUUCCUCCAGAUAUGGAUGAGCGCACAGAGCAUCUGUUGUCUAUGUCGGUGUGUAUAGUGGACAGUAAGGACCCAUUUGACAGGAAGGCCCUGGAGAUGAUGCUAAAUCGCUUGACCACUCCUCUCCACCACUAUGAGAAUUACAAUUCUAUGGAUGAUGUCCUGCCAACUAUAAACAAAGGAAAUAUGAUCAGUCUUGGAUUUAGCCUGUAUGAGGUAGAGAAGAAGAUAGGUGAGGGCGGGUUUGCCAGGAUCUACUGUGUACAGGAACAAGAUGACGGCUUCAGCACGUGCGCUCUCACUGAUCUGGGGGCCUCAAACAAGUUUGCUAUCAAGGUGGAGGAGCCAGCACAGAAGUGGGAGUUUUACAUAGUGUCCGAGCUUCACAAACGUCUUGCCAAGCGCAACGAUCAUGUGGAUGUGAGGCCAUCUGUUAUGAAGUUUGACAGCGGGUAUUUCUUCAAGAACGGCAGUAUCCUACUAUCGCAUUACCAGCCGAAUGGAACUCUUCUGGAUCUGGUGAACCGCAGUAGUCGUAGCAAUCUAGAGACGAUGUUACCCCACCUGGAGCCGGUGAUGGUGUACAUGGCGAUAGAGCUGCUUCACCUCGUGGAGAAUAUUCACGCCUGUAAUGUCAUACAUGGAGACAUCAAACCUGACAACUUCCUCAUUCUCACUUUUCCAUACCUGCCUGAGAGUGACGAUCCUCAAGUAGUGUUUGGUGGAAGUACCCGGUUUGUCCAGCUGAUUGACUUUGGUCAGGCAAUCGACAUGAGCAAGUACCCGGCCGGCACCACCUUUCUUACCAAGGUCACCACAGAGUGCUUCCAGUGUAUAGAAAUGAAGACCAACAGACCAUGGACUUACCAGACUGACCUGUUUGGGCUGGCUGGGACAAUCCAUGUGCUGUUACAUGGCCAGUAUAUGAAGGUUUACCAGGAGGCCGGCCACUGGAAGACUACAGCUAGUUACAACAGGGCGUGGAACUCUACCCUAUGGAAGGAGCUGUUCUACACGCUACUCAACGUACCAAGCUGUGAUCACAUACCCGAUCUGGCCCCUCUUCGACAAAAGUUUGAAGACUACUUUGUGACCAAACUCCUCCGAAAAUACAACACUCUUUGUCCUCGAUAUAACCAGAUAGUUCAGGCAACAUCUUAAUGUUUGAUACAUUUGAUUCAUGUGUAUGGAGUCAUUCUGACUCAGGAAAUCUUCACCCGUUAUGCACAAGUUUGUGGACUAGUUUGUGACCAAACACCUCCAUUAUUACAACAACCUCUGUCCUCUGUACAACCAGAUUGCUCCGACAAUAUGUGUAUGAUAUGUAAAGAGAUUGUAUUACUUGUGUUGCAAUAAGACAACAUUGGAUUUUGUAAUCUGUCAUACAGUCCAGUACUGUACAGUUCGUACAUCAUCUUAAAACCAAUGUGUUGACAGUUCAAAACAAAAUUCACAUUAAAAGGAUUAUUGUUUAUCUUUACUUUGGUGAUCGUUUGUAUAAGUUCACACAUGAUCUGCAGAAAUGUCGGACAAUAUACAAUGUAGUUCAUGUCAAGUCUGAUACCUUAUGUGUUCAAAUGUGAAUUGUGACAUUAUACAAUUAAAGCUGUUCAUAUACCACUAUUGUAUUCAUUUUUUACUGGAGGAAAAAAAACUGUGUGGCUUUAAAAAUACUUUGAGAAAUUAUUUCCAGAUGUUAGGUAAAUACAUGUUCUUUAGCUGAAUAAUUAAACAUUUACGCCACUCUGACACAGAGGGUUACUUCCAUAUUUCCUGUUACUAUAUUUGGUAUAUCCCUUUUCUUGAGUUAUAUAAGAACUUGUACCAUGCACUGUUUCUUUUUUCCUCUAGUGUAUAUACCUGUAAAUGUUAUUUAUUGUAAAAAAAGAAGGACUAUUACACCGACAGUAUUUUUUGCAAUCUUGUUAUAGAUUUGUGCUUUCAAUUUGUAACUUUUCAAGAUGUUAAAGAUGCUUUGAUAUUUUCUUGGUUGUAGAAUAAAGUACAUGUACAUUUUU